UAACCGAAGAUCCUGAAACAGCUACCGUAAAUAAAAAUCCUAAAAUAACCACUGUAAAUGAAUCUGAAAAAACUGCUAUAAAUGAAAAUACACAAACAGCUACUACUGUUAACAAAAAAU